GUUAGAUUCAACUGCGUUAGUUCACGAUGGACCACCACGAGCGACAAGUGCAACAAAUUCCCUUACAACGUCUCAACACGGUUGAAGAGAACCAAAGGCGGCAGGAACUGCGGAUCAUUUUCGAAAAGUACGACACCGAUGGGAACGGUUACUUGUCCAGAAACGAACUGAGAAAUUUGAUACGUGAUAAAAAAUGUCCCGAUAUACCGAAGGAGGUGAUGCGCGAGGUAUUGAUGCGCUCCGACCAAAACAACGAUGGCCACCUCGAUUUCGAAGAGUUUUACAAAUUGAGCACCGAACAUCCGUACUUGUUCCGGGAUCUCUGCAUCAAGUACUGCCGAGUCGUGGUACCAAGGCGCACCCCGGCCGUAGCCGACGAGACAGAUGGCGAGUACGAGCGGAGCAUGAAAGUGUGGCCACCACCGUUGAUGAUGAUUAUUUUUUCAAUCAUGGAAAUCAUAUUCUUCGUGGUGGACAUUAUCAAAACUCAGAACCAGAACGGCACGAGCACUAAUGGACCAAUGGCGACAUUGUUUAUCUACAAUCCCAACUUACGCCACGAGGUGUGGCGCUUUCUGACGUACAUGUUCGUGCAUAUUGGUUUUAUGCAUCUGAUGAUGAACCUGCUGGUGCAAAUAUUUCUGGGCGUCGCACUGGAGUUGGUGCACUGCUGGUGGCGGGUAGCAUUGGUUUACCUGGCCGGUGUCGUAGCGGGAUCGAUGGGCACAUCUAUUUUCACGCCUCGCGUUUUUCUUGCCGGAGCAUCCGGUGGCGUGUACGCACUCAUCACGGCUCAUAUCGCUACCAUCAUCAUGAACUGGAGCCAGAUGGAAUUCGCUAUUGUGCAGCUGUUCGUGUUUUUGGUGUUCUGCAUAACGGAUUUGGGAAGUUCCAUUUACAACAGUAUCAAUGAUCCUUUCGAUAAAGUGGGUUACGUUGCGCACGCCAGUGGUGCACUUGCCGGGUUCCUGGUUGGAAUCGGUGUGCUUCGCAACCUGAAAGUGGUACCAUGGGAGCGCAAGCUCUGGUGGUGCGCUGUUACGAUCUACUUCCUGCUCAUGGCUGCCGGCAUUAUGUACCACUUCCUGAAUCCCGCGCACUUCUACUGAAUUCAUUUCGGGGGACUUGUACAAAACGCGGACGCCGCUUCUACUUAUAAAGCAAUAAGGCAAAGCUAGACUAUUAGGCAACACUUCCAACGAAACAAAUGGCCUUACAUAUUGGCCUUGGCCAGAGCUAGAGUAACUGAAGAACUGUUAAGUCACAUUACGCCUUUUAGCCUAAGCCUACGAAAAAUCGUAAGUAUUUUCAAAGACAAGACAAACGUUUUUUGUGUAUUUUAUCUUUAUGAUCUUAUUGUAUACAGCUGCGAAACAGCAAUAAAAGAUUUCUUUUACGGCAUUUUGCC